AUGCCUCGGAAAAGCAAAAUCGCCGUACCAGACAUCAUCCACCGCCUGGACGAGAUAGUGGAACUGAGAGUACUCGAAGUCAUACAAGAUGGCGAGGGGAAACGUUCGAAUGUCUACUUGAUCGACUGUCGGCGGAGACAACCGAUACAGUCCACCACAGUCCCGGCCAACCAGUCAAGCAUAUGUGUCCUGAAAACUUUCCCAUCGAACGAGUUCCACGAGAGGCUCUUCCAGAGAGAGGUUGCAGCAUACACGGAGCUGCAGCGGUCAACUGCCGCAGCUGACCCAGAAGGCGCCUGGGCUGUCCUAUCAUCUUACGACGCACAGCCGUCUUCGUGGCCUUUCUGCUUCGGACAGCUGCAAUUGUCGGACAUCGUAGAACCCUUACAGGCUGAUGGAAGGUGGAUCCGUCCGAGCCGCUAUUGUUACGGUGCUACGGGUCGUUGUAGUGGGUACCGUGACAGCUAUGCUUCGGCGCCGUCUGGAGCAAAGCAGCGCCGGGGUCUCCUACUAGAAUAUAUGCCGAAUUUCACGCCUCUCACGGUAGACAGGCUCAACGACGAGCUAGCCAAGGAGCUCCGACGCAUCAUAAGCGAGCUGCAUGCGCACAACAUGGUGCACGGGGACUUUGUCGACCAUGCUUCGUGGCCACGCGUUGGCUUUGGAAAUAUCUUUCUUCGUAAACGGAAAGGCUCAGGGGCGGAAGAGGUGUUUGUGAUGGAUUUCAACCGGUCCCGGAUCGUUGGGACUCAUCCGAGAGACCAGGCUAUGGCGCAGGAAGAAGAAGACCAAAUGCAUGACCUACUUGGGCGUGCACUCGAGCAAAAGAUGGCUGUUGACGAAAUUCCGAAAGAGGUGAGGGAGCUCCUAGGGUAG